GUCGAAACGACGCCGACGAGGAUUUUUGGAAGUUGGGUUUUUGACGCUCCUCCAAUUCAUUGCCCACAUCAGAAAUGCCUUUUGGCUGCAUUACACUCGGAGAUAAGAAGGACUACAAUAAUUCGUCCGAUGUCACUGAUAAAUAUGACCUGGGACAAACAGUCAAAACGGAGGAAUUCUGUGAAAUAUUCCGAGCAAAAGAGAAAUCAACUGGGAAAAUGUACACCUGUAAGAAGUUCUUGAAGAAAGAUGGAAGGAAAGUCAGGAAGGCGGCAAAAAAUGAAAUCAUGAUUUUAAACCUGGUGAAGCAUCCGAACAUAUUACAGCUGGUGGACGUCUUUGAAACACGCAAGGAAUAUUUCAUUUUCCUGGAGCUAGCCUCAGGUCGGGAGGUGUUUGAUUGGAUUCUGGAUCAAGGUUACUACUCUGAACGAGACACCAGCAAUGUGGUCAGACAAGUGUUGGAAGCUGUUUCGUACCUACAUUCACUCAAGAUUGUACACAGAAACCUGAAGUUGGAAAAUUUAGUUUACUUCAAUCGUCUAAAAAACUCCAAAAUUGUCAUAAGUGACUUCCACCUCGCCAAGCUGGAGAAUGGCCUGAUCAAAGAGCCCUGUGGAACUCCAGAGUAUUUGGCUCCAGAGGUGGUUGGACGACAGAAAUACGGCCGACCAGUUGACUGUUGGGCCAUUGGUGUGAUCAUGUAUAUACUGUUAUCAGGUAACCCUCCUUUCUACGAUGAAACUGAUGAUGACGAUUAUGAAAACCAUGAUAAGAACUUAUUCCGAAAGAUCUUGGCCGGGGACUAUGAGUUUGACUCUCCGUACUGGGAUGACAUAUCAGAUGCCGCUAAAGAUCUGGUGGGCCGGCUGAUGGAGGUUGACCAGGAUACGAGGAUAACAGCACAAGAGGCUAUAAAUCAUGAAUGGAUUUCAGGAAACGCUGCUUCAGACAAGAAUAUUAAGGAUGGUGUUUGUGCUCAGAUUGAGAAAAACUUUGCCAAAGCGAAAUGGAAGAAAGCGGUGAGAGUCACAACGAUCAUGAAACGUCUUAGGACACCAGAACCGAGUGCGACAGCCAUAGCCACGGCUCCAGUGCCCGCUCCUCCCAGCCAGCCAGAGGACAAAGCCCCCAACGAGGGCACUGAGACACCCAGCCAGUCGGACAAUUCGGCCAAAGUGGGUGUAGAACCCGAGGCCUCACCCAGGUGUAAUGGGGAAGUGACCAGCCCUCAGAAGCCAGCAGCUGAGGCAGGGGAUGAACAGAACGGCUGAAUUCCAAUAUACGCUCACAAAUAUUUAUUGUAAAAAAAAUCAUUAAAAUGUCAGGCACGGCCAGAUUGACCAUAUACAGUCAUGAAAAAUUAAUAGACAUCUUGCUAUUCAGCUCCUCUUAAUUGCCACCUUCAGACAAGUCAAAUUAUCAACGGUAUCAAUAAGUUUAGGAAAUAAUUAAGCAAUAAUUGGCACUUGUGGGUACUGUUUUGCUAAAAUGUAUCUAUGCUCAGAGAAUGGGAGGGGAAAUCAGACCAAAGGUCUAGCCUAUGAAUAGAAAUCUCAAGACAGUACGUACUUGGGCUUAUUAUUUCUUUUGAAUUGCAACGCUUUAAAAACUAUUUCACAUCUCAACUCUUGUAUAAUAAGGAAACAAAUGCUGUGCUUGUUUGUAUCUAACCCCCUCCACCUCACUCACACGUCCUUGCAACCCCCUCCAAUAAAGUACUGUGUGUGGUUGAAUGUAUGUAAUAUAAACUCAUUUAAAACCCUUCAUUGCUAAGCCACAUUCCAUGCUUCCAUCUUAAAUCUCUUUCAGAGUAAAACUAUGUACAGUACAAAAUAUAACCAGAUUGAAACUCUGUUUAAUUGAGAAUCCUGGGAUUAUGACCUUAUGUCCUUACAGUUUCAGAUAUUUCUCAAUCCCGUGCCCUGCAUUACAGAUUUUAAAGAAAAUAUUUUUGCCAGAUGUUAUAUGAUAGAAAAUGUAUGUAUUUUGGAAGUUGAGAAAGGACAUUCAGUGCUUAAUAGCGUUAACUUUAUAGGCUGAUAUAGUUGACCAUUAUUUUAAGAAAUCUCUGUAGUCUAAAAUUCUAGAUGGCUUGCUGGGAAUAUUUAACCUGUCAGUCUGUCAGUAACCAUGGACAGAUUGACAACAUAAAAGCAGAGUAUAAACUGUAGGAGGUAUUCUAUGCUUGCUUAAAAGCUGCAAAAAUUCUUACAAAACAAAUGUUAAAUAGGCAAAAGCUAAAUUUGUAAUGUGUGCGUAUUUUGAAACCUACGUGUGAAAUUCUUCAAAAUAUCAGUGGAACAAAUGUGAGGAGUCCUCUUGUCAUGUGAAGAAGAUGAGGAGGGUGCAGAAGGCAAAGCCGUUGCAUGUGGGUGACCUGUAAUAUGUUUGCGUAGUUGCAUGAUCAUAGGUGCACACUUUUUGUCACAUUAACACAGUGGGGUUAACAAUGAUGUCAUUUAUUGUGCUGUACUAUGUAAAAUAAUUAAAACCAUAUUUUAGAAAAAUGA